AUGGAAGAGCUGGAAGGUUACUAUUUCUCGGCAGCCCUAAGCUGCACUUUCCUGGUCUCUUGCUUCGUUUUCUCCCUUAUAAGCCGGGCGCUGCGGGAGCCCUACAUGGACGAGAUUUUCCAUUUGCCGCAGGCCCAGCGCUACUGCUGGGGCUCCUUCCAGUGGGAUCCCAUGAUCACUACACUACCUGGCUUAUACCUGAUAUCUGUUGGAAUUAUAAAACCUGCCACUUGGAUCUUUGGAUGGUCUCAACAUGUAGUCUGUUCCAUAGGAAUGCUCAGAUUUGUUAAUCUGCUCUUCAGUGCUGGCAACUUCUAUUUACUCUAUUUACUUUUUUGCAAGUUACAACAGAGGAACAAGGCUGUCUCAGGCAUCCAGAGAAUUUUGUCAGCUUUAACAAUGGCAGUUUUCCCUACACUCUAUUUUUUUAAUUUCCUCUAUUAUACAGAAACAGGAUCUAUGUUUUUUGUUCUUUUCGCCUAUUUGAUGUGCCUUUAUGGUAAUCAUAAAACUUCAGCCCUACUUGGAUUUUGUGGCUUCAUGUUUCGCCAGACAAAUAUUGUUUGGACUGUGUUCUGUGCGGGAAAUAUUAUCUCACAAAAGUUGAUGGAGGCUUGGAGGAUUGAGCAACAAAAGAAGGAGGAGAAACUUCCAUCCAUCAAAGGACCACUGUCAGCGUGUAAGAAGAUAUUGUGUUUUCUUCUUGAUUAUGCUACAUCAUUUAGGAACUUGAGUACACUUAUAGUUUUGACAUGGCCCUAUAUCCUUUUAAUAAUUGUGUUUAUUGCUUUUGUAGUUUUAAAUGGUGGAAUAGUUGUUGGUGAUAGGAGUAAUCAUGAAGCUUGUAUGAAUUUUCCUCAGCUAUUUUACUUUUUUUCUUUUACUCUCUUUUUUUCUUUUCCUCACCUACUGUCCCCAGGAAAAAUUAAAACUUUUCUUCAGUCAGUAUGGAGACACUGGGGGCAAUUUGUUUUACUUACAACUGUCUCCUUAUUUUUAGUCUGGAAAUUCACUUAUGUUCAUAAGUAUUUGCUGGCAGACAACAGGCAUUAUACAUUCUAUGUUUGGAAAAGAAUCUUCCAGAGAUAUGAAUUUGUAAAAUACUUGCUAGUCCCAUGUUAUCUGUUUGCUGGUUGGAGCAUUGCUGAUUCAUUGAAAUCUAAAUCCAUUUUCUGGAACAUAAUGUUUUUCACAUGCUUAUUUACAGUCACAGUUCCUCAAAAACUUUUUGAGUUCCGUUACUUUAUAUUGCCUUAUGUCAUUUAUAGGCUUAAUCUUCCUAUGCCAUCCGUGCCCAAGCUCCUUUGUGAACUGAGUUUUUAUAUACUUAUUAACCUUAUAACAUUUUAUAUCUUUUUGAACAAGACAUUUCAAUGGCCAAAUAACGAUAAUAUUCAAAGGUUUAUGUGGUGACCAAAUGAAUAUCUUGCUUCACAUAACCAAAUUUAUAUCUGGAACUUUUCC